CUCCACCUGUCAUCAAACAUCCCUUCCCGCUGGACGGUGGUGGACGGUAAAGCAAAAAGCCCAACUAUGUUGAUUUUUCGGUAUUUCAAUUCAAAAGAAUACAGAAUUUUAAACACGAAUUGUGCAGAGACAGUACAAAUGCACCACAACCCCAGCAUCAAGAAAGAAAAAGGAGAGAAACAUCAAAGACUGAAGAGGAGAUUGGGAGAUUGAUCUGUUCUUCACUCUUUCUCUGGUUGCUUCAUCCCUACUCCAUUUGAUCACUCUGCGCCGACCAAUCCGUAUCUCCUCGCCUUUUCCGUAUUCAGCUACUCUAAAAACCCUAGACGACUGCAUCAGACUUGAGGCUGACUGCCCUGUGACUUCCUACCACUGCCCGCCAUGGACGAUGACUGCUGCUCCACCCAGCUGCUUGACGGCGACGGUACAUUCAAUGUCGAAGGACUCGAUCGCUUCGUCUCCACCACCAAGCUCUCUGACUGCGGUCUCUCCUAUGCCGUCGUCGCAAUCAUGGGCCCCCAGAGCAGCGGCAAAAGUACCCUGAUGAAUCAUCUUUUCCAUACCAAUUUCAGGGAAAUGGAUGCCUUCAGGGGAAGGGGUCAAACAACGAAAGGCAUCUGGAUGGCCAAGUGUGUUGGCAUCGAGCCAUUUACGCUUGGGAUGGAUCUAGAAGGAACUGAUGGCAGGGAAAGAGGGGAGGAUGAUACUACUUUUGAGAAACAAAGUGCACUUUUUGCUUUGGCUGUUGCUGAUAUUGUGAUAAUAAACAUGUGGUGCCAUGACAUCGGGCGGGAGCAGGCUGCAAACAAGCCCCUCCUGAAAACUGUUUUCCAGGUCAUGAUGCGUUUAUUCAGCCCUCGCAAAACCACAUUGCUGUUUGUUAUACGGGACAAAACGAAGACUCCACUUGAAUAUCUUGAGCCUAUUCUUAGAGAGGAUGUUCAGAAGAUAUGGGAUUCAGUUCCUAAACCCCAGGCUCACCAAGAUACUCCUCUGAGUGAAUUUUUUAAUGUGGAAGUGACUGCUCUAUCCAGCUUUGAAGAGAAGGAGCAACAGUUUAAGGAGCAGGUUGCUCAACUGAGAGAGCGUUUUUUCCAUUCCAUUUCUCCUGGAGGCUUAGCUGGUGAUAGAAGGGGUGUUGUCCCUGCGUCGGCUUUUGCUUUCAGUGCGCUUCAGAUUUGGAAAAUUAUAAAGGAGAAUAAGGAUCUCGAUCUCCCUGCUCAUAAGGUGAUGGUUGCAACUGUUCGAUGUGAAGAGAUUGGCAAUGAAAAGCUUCGUGACUUGAAGUCCGAUGAGGGAUGGCUGGAAUUGGAGGAAGCUGUUGAAGCUGGUCCAGUAUCAGGAUUUGGGAAGACUGUCAGCUCUAUCCUGGAAAGAUGCCUUUCAGAGUAUGACAUGGAGGCAACUUAUUUUGAGGAAGGAGUGAGAAAUGCAAAACGGGAACAGCUGGAGACAAAAGCAUUGGAUCUGGUUCAUCCUGUUUAUGUUACUUUGUUGGGACAUCUACGUUCUAAAGCACUUGAGGACUUCAAGAGUAGGCUAGAGCAGUCACUUAGCAGAGGCGACGGAUUUGCUGCUUCUGUUCGUGCUUGUACUGAAUCUUCCCUUGUUGAGUUUGAUAAAGGAUUCAAAGAUGCUUCCAUAAAACAAGCCAAUUGGGAUGCUUCAAAAGUUCGGGAAAAGCUUCACCGUGAUAUUGAUACACAUGCUUCAUCUGUUUGCAGUGCCAAGUUGUCUGAAAUGACAGCAAAGUAUGAGAAUAAACUCACUGAAGCUCUGAGUCAUCCUGUAGAAUCCCUCUUUGAGUCUGGUGAAAAGGACACAUGGGUUUCAAUCAGAAAGCUUCUAAAACGUGAAACAGAUGCUGCUGUAGCGGAGUAUUCCACUGCUGUUGUUGGUUUUGAAUUGGAUGAAGCUACAGUUGAUGCACAAGUGCAGAACUUGAGGGACUUUGCAAGAAAUGUAGUGGAGAAAAAAGCAAGAGAAGAUGCUGGGAAGGUUUUGAUACGUAUGAAGGAUAGAUUUUCCACAGUUUUCAACCAUGAUAAUGAUUCAAUGCCGAGGGUUUGGACUGGAAAAGAGGACAUCAGAGCCAUAACGAAGGAUGCGCGAUCUGCGUCCUUGAAACUUCUCUCAGUCAUGGCUGCAGUACGUUUGGAUGAGAAACCAGAUAAGAUUGAGAAUGUACUUGUCUCCUCCCUCAUGGAUGGUGCUAUUACUACUCAAUCUUCUCAAAACAGAGGUGUUGGACCUACUACUGACCCUCUAGCUUCAAGUUCCUGGGAAGAGGUUCCUCCAAAAAAUACAGUAAUUACACCAGUUCAGUGCAAGUCUUUGUGGAGGCAGUUUAAAUCAGAGACAGAGUAUACCGUUACCCAAGCAAUUUCCGCUCAGGAGGCUCACAAACGAAAUAACAAUUGGUUACCUCCUCCAUGGGCAAUUGCUGCAAUGCUCAUCCUUGGUUUCAAUGAGUUCAUGCUUUUGUUGAAGAACCCCCUUUACCUAAUGGUUCUGUUCGUUGGAUACUUGCUCUCGAAGGCCUUAUGGGUACAGCUGGAUGUUGCUGGGGAGUUUCGACAUGGCCCGGUGGCUGGGUUACUGUCCAUAUCAUCCAGGUUUCUUCCAACAAUCAUGAAUCUUCUAAAGCGACUCGCUGAAGAAGCUCAAGGUCAAGGCCAGCAGCAGCAGCAUCAAACACCAACAGCACAAAAACCAUAUACAGUAGAUUCACAUAGUUUCAAGCAUGAAAGUUCCAGUUCGAAUCCAACAUCCACUGUGAUUUCAGAUUCUUCUGUAUCCUCAUCCAAUGUCUCGUACUCUGAUAGUGGGAUGGAGUACUCGAGCCCAAGCCAGAUGCACAGGCGGAGUUCGAAGGGUGAGGUAGAGCAAUCCUGAUGUUUCACUGCAGUUACUACUAUGUCUGCUUCAUUUUUUGAGUGGGCAGACAAGUCAAGCGUGCAUCACCAGAUACAUUUAGGAUUCCCCGAAUGUCUGUAAUCUCAGAACGAAUAAGUUAGGAAUAUCUUUGUGUGUGUUUGCUGAGUCUGGAACCGUGAUCUCCAAACUUUUGUAUGACAAUUUGAGUAUUGUUCGUUCUGAGCAUCGCUGAAAAAGGAAAGAAGUUUCCACUUUUUCUUUUGUUUUGUUUUGGUAUGAGAACUUUACACAUGUAAGUUUGGAUUGGAAGUUUGGAACAUAUUGUACGAUUCAGUUUAUACCUCAAGAAGAAAAGUUGUCAUGCCAUUCAGGAGGAUCGUGCAGCCAGUCAGCAAUGCAGGUGUGCUUCACAGCACCUUGGCUGGCAACCUUGCGACAUGAUGCAAGUAUGCUUCCGGUAGUAAAAUGAUAUUACAACCGAGUAUACGCUCCGAUUAUGUACAAGGAUGUGUAAACUGCAUCUACAGAUUUUGAGAACCAGACCAUCGCUUCUUUAGUAGUUUUGUCACGGUCAAAUCUGCUCCUCCAAACCCGUCCAUUAUUGCAUUCGCUGACGGGAACUCAGCUCUAGACGUCAAACUGUAAGGAAAGAACCAACAAGGCAAGUCAGUAAUAGAUCGAGUACAAUUGACAAGAUAGGUUCCACUUAUGUAAAACUAGAAUGCCACUCAGAGUAAAACGAGGUAUUAUAACCAAUGUACUUGGAGCAAGAGUUUUACCAACCUCUCAGAUGAACUACUACCAACUACCAAGCUCUACUUUUAACUUCAACAUCGAUGCAACUUCUUCGGCAACCCUCUGUUUCUAAUCGGAAGCUGAU